AUGACUUCUACCCUGUCCAUCCCACAAGACAAGGCUCUGUCGAUCAUUCCCUGCUUUACAUCCCUGCUCAGUUGUCUGGGUUCGGCGCAGAUCAUCUACAAAGUCAGUACGGCCCGCAAGACAACUCCGUAUCGUCGCAUCUUGUGGGGCUUGUCCAGUGCCGAUUUUCUCUGCAGUCUCUUGUAUCCAUGGCAAGCCUUUCUGGUGCCAGCGGACACAUCGCCUCGCAUUUGGGCCAUUGGCAACGAUGCCACGUGCACACUACUCGGAUUUGGACAACAAAUCUUUUUUGCCAGUAUUGGGUACAAUUCCUGUUUGAGCAUUUACUUUUUGCUCACGGUCAAAAUGGGAAUGUCCAAUGCCAUGGUGGCCAAACGCUACGAACCCCUCAUGCAUAUUGUGUGCGUAGGAUAUCCCCUCGUCACGGCCAUUGUGGGGGCUGCCAUGGGUAUGUUUCACGAAGUAGAACUCUCCCAUGGUUGUUGGGUACAAGAAUAUCCCAAGGGAUGUGAUGAUGAAGAACAGAAUAGUACUUGCAUUCACGGCACUAUUGCCCUCUUUUUUGGAGGAAUUCCCGCCAUUGUGGCAUUCUUCAUCAUUCUAUUCAACAAUUUACUCGUCUACGGACACGUCAAGUACACGAUUCAGAAAAGUCGACGCCGGUUUGCAUCCAGUUUGGGAGGAUCCUCCAGCGCGAUGAGUCGACCUCUUCGAUCCUCUCUUCUAUCCAUGGGAGCCUCCAUGAUUCGUCGUACGCAGUCACGAGAACAACAAGAGCCACCCACGAGAGAUCCCCAAGUCCAACGCGUGCAUGCCGUCUUUACACAAGCGUUCAUGUAUGUCAUGGCAUUUUUGAUUGUGUAUUCACCGUCCUUUAUUUUGAGAAUCCUGUCCGCCCACGGAUAUGGAGCGGAAGAGGAAGGAAAGUUGUUUCCACUCUUGCUCCUGCAAGCCAUCUUUUUACCAUCUCAAGGAUUCUUCAAUCUGUUGGUCUACAUUCGUCCGACGUACAAGCGCACACGUCGCGAAAACGCAGACGAAUCUCGUUGGUGGGCCUUUCGAAGGGCCCUCUACGGGGAAAAGGUCAAACCGUCCAAACACGGUUCUUCAGACUUUCAGCAUCGACGUCGUGCCGCAUCGAGUUCGUCGGAUUUUGGAAUGAUGGUCGUACGUCCCGAAGCAAGGCGCAUGGACGAAAGCAGUCGACAACGGUCCCUCUUGCGCAAAUAUGGGUUGGACAACAAUCAGUAUCCCGUGUAUUUGGAUGAAAGCAGCAAGAACAAUGAUAUUAGCAACAACAAUCCGGCCAACAACCAGAACUUGGACUUGAUUCAAGAGGACAGCAGUUCGACCAUGACGUUUGCCACCGGGUCCGUUAUCGAUGUGAGAAACAGUUAUCCAGUCACUACUUCUUCUACUAGAGCAUCCAUGCCAGACGCCAUGACAACCACGGCCAGCACUAUUGCGGAAGAGGGAGAAGACGGGGAAGAGGGAGAAGACGAGGAUGAUGAGAUGGGGCAAGAUCAGCCGGCAAGUCUAGAUGACGAUGAUUAUGGCAAUGUCAUCAAGGAUGCCAAUCACCCAGACGACAACAUCACCAAGGAAAGACUAGAGGAUGAACAACAACAGCAACAAGAAUCCAGCAAUGCACCAUGA